AUGGAUCGUCACUAUAUGGUGAUGACAGAAAAGUACAACUACAAUUAUAAUAAUCCCACCCAUCCCGGAUACAAGCCGGGGGGGGCAGAUGCGUCUAAUUCCGGUACUGGAGGAGGUGGGAAUACCAGCGGAAGCGGCUUUGACGGUGGAGUCGCAUCACCCCCUCGUAUUAAGUCCAAUACCUCAAGCUCUAAUCUUACAGGUUUAGGAUUACAAUCAACAUCCAAUGUGACAUCUCAGACCCAAAGAGGACCGGACACUCAAAUUAAUUCCAAUAUUCUAAUCCCAUCUAAUUACCCUCAAAGCUCACCAACUUAUUACGGUUCCACCCCUCAAAUAAAUUUGAAUCAUCCAGACAAAACCACCCAUCAAUAUUAUACCACGGCAAGCACAGCCGAAACCAUCUCCGCAAAUACACCCGGCUACGCUUCGGAAUAUCCAAAUCCAAUGAUGAGACUAUCAGAACCCAGUACUUCAGAUCCAUACAAUCCCUACCAUCCUGGAGGUUAUCCAUAUAUCACUAAUAAUAAUAGUAGUACUGCCACCAACGCGUAUGAAUCAACCAAUUACUCUCAUACCAUCCCUAAACCUCAGGAUAAUCACGAUACAUCAUCCUUUAUGGCCCCUACAAGCUCCUACUCCAGAACAACCCUUACUGGUUCGAACUCGUACGACUCAAGCUAUAGAGAUCCAUAUCCAGUGAAAAGAGAACCAGACACUCCAAGUUAUAGGAAUCUCGGUACCGAUAUCCAAUCUCCGCAGAACAGAAGUCUUAAAUCCCCAGCCACUUCACCUCGUAAUCCUAUUCGACAGAAUCCUUUGGCAGUUUCUCCUCCCAUUAAGGUUGCUGAUACACAGAACCAAGACCUCAUUAAAUCAAUCCCCCCCUUACAUGUUCAACAACAAAUCGUCAAUAAUAAUCCAAGCGAGGCCCCUAUGGCCACCACGGGUCUGUCAAAUCAAAUUUUCCAGUCCAACUGUUCUCGAUGUAAGAAACCAUUUGUGCAAUUGGUGGUGAUGCCUAAUGCCUCUGAGAGAAGCGCAAAGUUUGGUGAACCCAAGAUCUUCAAACUUUGUGACCACUGCAGAGACUUACAAAGAGAGAGGUCAAGACGAUGGCAACGUAAAACUAAAGACAGACAAGGUGCCUGUCGUCGUUGUGGAACGAAUAUCCCGGAAGACCAACAGAAUUUCGUCUUGUGUCCAACAUGUCGGCGUAGUCUUCGAGACAAAAAGGCAGUCAGAGCGGCUCAAGGUCGUUGUAUUCAUUGUUCCGGACCAUUGGAAGCUCCAAUCAUAGCAACUGGUGCACUAGAAGAUAUCCAACUGGGAUCUGGUGGUGCUUCUUCUACAGGAGCGGCUGCCAGUGCCAAUGGUCAUCACAAGUCCAUGUCCAGUCGUAUGAACUACAAAGUAUGUGUUCGGUGCAGAGAGAAUGAUCGAAUUAGACGUACCAACUUGGAGAUGUUGGGAAACUGCAACCGGUGUGCCAAGGCCAUGGAUGUUGAUGAAAUAGGCAAACAUAAAGUGUGCCAUGCUUGUCGAGUUCGAAAGAGGAAGAUGCUGGGAGGUAAUUCAACUGACGAGAGUCGGAGUACUGAUCCUAGUCCCAGAGUUUCCAUUCUGAGUGGGCAUGAAGUUCUCCUCGGUGAAGGUAAUAUUAAUAAAUCACCCAUUGAUCAACAUCUGGCUCAACUUCAUCAACAGUUACAACAACAACUACAACAUUCCCAGUUGCAUCAGCAAAUACAUCCAAUGCAGCAACAGCAACAGCAACAGCAACAGCAACAACAGCAAACACAACAACCUCAACAACAAUCUAUUUACUGGCAAGAUUCGUCCCAGGGUCUUUUUUCGAAUCAAUAUCCAAUCCAAGGCUUCGACCAACAACAACAACAACAGCAACAAGCACAAGCACAAGCACAAUCGAUGCAACCCCAGAGAUACGAUACUAGCUACACCAAUUACUAUGGCAAUAAAAGCACAAAGAACAGAGGAUUUAAUGGGUAUGAGCAAGGAAUGCUUUCUUCUUCUCAAUACGUUUCUUCCCAAGAAGGAGGUGGCGGAGGUAAUCAAAGUCAAUAUCAAGAAGGAGGUCCUUGGUUUAACCAAGCACAAACAUCUGGAGAGAUUGAAAAAAAUCAAUACUUUAUCAAUCCGUUCUCACAGCAUCCCAGAGUCAAAACAGAGCAACAACAAGGGGGGUAUUCACAACCACAAGGCGGCUUUCCAGAAUACCAACAACCGCAACAACCAAACCAACUACAACAUAGUCAAGGUCAAGUACAGCCACCACAUGCAAUUGAACCAGGUGGAUACUAUGAUGAUAUCUCUGGAGGUGAACCAGAUCAAAGCGUUGAUUAA